AUGCCUCCAUUACUCUACAACCCAUCUCUCAAGCAUGCCUGCUAUGCCCUUCUCCUCUACGCUGGUGUCUUCAUCGUCAAUGGUGACCUCUCCGACCCCAGCCUCUUCAACAAGCUCCUUGACAUCGUGCCCUUCACCCACGUCCUCCACCUUGCCUCCCUCCCCGCCAAUGCCCUCCUCGGCCACCUCAACCCCACCGCCUUUGCCUAUAUCGAUGUCAAAGCCCUCAUUGCUCUUUUCGAGCCUACUCGUGCCACCGAUUCUCCAUCAGCCAUCGUCUGGGUCUCUUUCGCCUCUAUUUAUGGCCUCAACCCGACCUCGACCCCCACCGUCGAGUCUGAUCCCAUCGACCACCCUGCCACCCUCUUCGAAGCUGGCAAGAACACCACCGAGGAGAUAGCCUAUGCCUAUAGCUACACAUAUAGCCUCUCCAUCACCACCCUCCGCCUCUUCACCAACUACAGUCCAUGGGGCUGUCCCGACAUGGCCUACUUCACCUUCACCAAGGCCAUCCACCACAACUUUUGUUUUGGUCAUUGA